GCCCCGGCAGAGCCCAUUCCACUCUGCGCAAAGCACGCACAACACUUUCCUUUUUUUUUUUUGUUUCUUUGCGCACGACAGCGGGGGGACUUUUUUUGUUGUUUUAGUUGAUAAUAAUUCCGAUGAUUUUGGUCACGUUGACGCGUACAGCUGAGGAGUUGUAAUUUUGUUGUUGUCGUCGUUGUUGUUGUUGUUUUGGGGUGCGUGGGGGUGGGGUGUGGGUGUGUGGUGGUGGAGGGGGGGGGGGGGGAGGGGGGGCGUUGGGUCGCUUUCGAUUCUUGUUUUAUUUUGUUAUUUGAUUUUUUUUUUUGACUUUUGUUUCCUGAGUAAAGAGUCGCCUUUUCUCCUCUAAAAUUGGCUCCCGUGCAAACCGCCGCGUUGGAUCCGUCGGCGUACUGCGAGACUCCGGUGUACAACCCGGAUCUCUGCCCCAACAUGAUCGCGGCGCAGGCCAAGCUGGUGUACCACCUGAACAAGUACUACAACGAGAAGUGCCAGUCGCGCAAGGCGGCCGUGUCCAAGACCAUCCGCGAGGUGUGCAAGGUGGUGUCGGACGUGCUAAAGGAGGUGGAGGUGCAGGAGCCGCGCUUCAUCAGCUCCCUGAGCGAGAUGGACAACCGCUUCGAGGGCCUGGAGGUCAUCUCGCCCAGCGAGUUCGAGGUGGUGCUCUACCUCAACCAGAUGGGCGUCUUCAACUUCGUGGACGACGGCUCGCUGCCCGGCUGCGCGGUGCUCAAGCUGAGCGACGGCCGCAAGAGGAGCAUGUCCCUGUGGGUGGAGUUCAUCACCGCCUCGGGCUACCUGUCGGCGCGCAAGAUCCGCUCGCGCUUCCAGACGCUGGUGGCGCAGGCGGUGGACAAGUGCAGCUACCGCGACGUGGUCAAGAUGGUGGCGGACACCAGCGAGGUCAAGCUGCGCAUCCGCGACCGCUACGUGGUGCAGAUCACGCCCGCCUUCAAGUGCACCGGCAUCUGGCCGCGCAGCGCCGCGCACUGGCCGCUGCCGCACAUCCCGUGGCCGGGGCCCAACCGCGUGGCCGAGGUCAAGGCGGAGGGCUUCAACCUGCUCUCCAAGGAGUGCUACUCGCUCAACGGCAAGCAGAGCUCGGCCGAGAGCGACGCCUGGGUGCUGCAGUUCGCCGAGGCCGAAAACCGGCUGCUGCUGGGCGGCUGCCGCAAGAAGUGCCUGUCGGUGCUCAAGGCGCUGCGCGACCGCCACCUGGAGCUGCCCGGCCAGCCGCUCAACAACUACCACAUGAAGACGCUGGUCUCCUACGAGUGCGAGAAGCACCCGCGCGAGUCCGACUGGGACGAGAACUGCUUGGGCGACCGCCUGAACGGGAUUCUAUUGCAGCUCAUCUCCUGCCUGCAGUGCCGCCGCUGCCCGCACUACUUCCUGCCCAACCUCGACCUCUUCCAGGGCAAGCCGCACUCGGCGCUGGAGAACGCCGCCAAGCAGACGUGGCGCCUGGCCAGGGAGAUCCUCACCAACCCCAAGAGCUUGGAGAAACUCUGAGGACCAAUGCCGAGGAUGGCCUUUGUUACCAUGACGAUUAGGGGUUGGCGACAAGUUGAGGCACACGUCCUAAAAAAGUGAGUACGAUCCGCAAAGAGUACGCCGACCUUGUAACGAGAGUAAAAACACGAAUCGUAUUUUCACUCGUGGAGGCAGCACUUCAUCACCAAGCCGCCCAUUUACACUUGCCUAUUAGCGGAGCAGAUCCUUGUAUGUCACACAUGUAACGAAAAAAAAAAAAUUGAAACGGCUUGCUUACAGACACAUUUUGGGGAAAUAGGCAGAUUUACUUGGUUGUUUGUUUUCAUACGCUAAACACCUGACUAUUUCUAUACAAACAAUAACAAAGUACAUUUUCCAUAAUAUGUCCACUUCAAAAUAUAUACCAUUUCUAAAUAUUUGUAGUACAGAGAGUCCCUGGUUUUCAACAGAGUUCCGUUCAGACGGUAGUGACCCAAGUUGUAUGAAAGUCGGAAUGUGCAUUUGUGAACUUUUAACGAGUCAAAGUCAUAGUCACAGUAAAUGUGUAUGAAAAACAUUCAUGAGUCAGUUGUAUUUAUUUCACACUGUUUUCUGUAUGUACAACUGUAGUUAGUCUCUAUGAAAUGUAGUUUUUUUCCCCAAAUAUUUUGGGGUGUCCGAAACGGAUUAAUGGGAUUUACAUUAUUUCCAAUGGGAAAUAUUGCUUCAGUUUUCAUACAGUUUGGUUUUAGUUCAACUUUUAAAACAGAUUAAUCAGGAAAACU